UCCUUAUAUUCUUGUUUGGGAAAGCUUAGUCACAGAACCCCCCUCUUGGGUUCAGCCCUUCUUACCCCACCCAUCUUCACAGGUUUUUGCGCUCCGCAAAGACCUGAAAUAACCUAAGAAAGUUCUGCCUUCACCCCCUGAUGCAGAUCUCCUCCUCCUCGAUUCUCCCCCUCCAUACCCUCCUACCGCUCCUCCCCAACCUGCCGCCCCCCGGGUCCCUAUUCCUUCCCCACCUCUCUCUCCUGUUCCUCCUGUCCCUCCCGUUCCCGUCAUUCCCCCACCUCCUCUGACCCCUCAGGCCAGUGGAGGGCAGAACGUUGGCCCAGCUGGAGGGACAAGGAGCCACCAGGCCCCGUCGCCAGGGGCCGCUGUGGCACUUCCCCUUCGAGCCCUUGGCGCCCCCUCUGAGGAUGGCCAGCAACUCCUACAGUAUUGGCCUUUUUCUUCCUCAGACCUAUACAACUGGAAGGCCCAAAAUUCCCCUUUUUCAGAAAAUCCCAGAGGGUUGAUCAAUCUGACUGAAUCUUUACUUUUCACCCAUCAGCCCACUUGGGAUGACUGCAACCAGUUGUUAUAGGUCCUGUUCACCACGGAAGAAAAAGACCGGAUCCUCCUAGAGGCCCGGAAGAAUGUACUGGGGGGUCGAUGGGCGACCCACUCAGAACCCAGCCAUUAUUGAGGAGGGGUUCCCCCUGACCAGACCUGAUUGGGACUUCAACACCCCGGAAGGAAGCCAGGCACAAAUGAAUACCGCCCAGUCCAAGACCUGCGAGAAGUUAACAAGCAGCCGAAACGAGAGAAGAUUGCCUGAAAGGGACGGAGAAACUUCUGUCAGAAUUAGGAACUCUAGGAUAUCGGGCAUCAGCCAAGAAAGCACAAAUCUGCAAAUGACAGAUGCUGAAGCCACCUGGUUCACAGAUGGAAGCAGCUACCUAGACCAAGGAAUGUGUAAGGCAGGAGCGGCUGUAGUAGAUGGAGAAAAGAUAGUGUGGGCUCAGGCCCUCCCCGAGGGAACCUCGGUACAGAAAGCUGAGCUCAUUGCUCUUACGAGGGCGCUAGAACUGGGGUCUGGAAAGAAAAUUAACAUCUAUACAGAUAGCAGGUACGCCUUUGCGACGGCACAUGUGCAUGGAGCCAUUUACCAACAAAGAGGACUCCUCACCUCUGAAGGAAGAGAAAUAAAAAACAAGCCGGAAAUCACGGCACUCUUAGAAGCUCUGCACAAACCAGCCAAAGUAAGUAUAAUUCAUUGCCCCGCUCACCAACACGGGAAGUCCUACAUCGCUGUAGGCAAUAAUAUGGCUGAUCAAGCUGCCCGAGAAGCGGCCGCAAAGACUGUAGAAAUCUUCCUCUCUGAAACUCAGCCUGAGCCAAGCCUGCAACCCUAUCAAUAUAGCCCAGCAGAUUUAGAACUAAUCUCCAAAGAUUGUACUCACUAUUUUGAUGAACAGAAGAGAGCCUGGUGCACCCAAGAUAGAAAAAUCAUCUUGCCCCAAGCAACUGCCAAAGCCAUAAUCAAACAGAUGCACCAGUGGACACACUUAGGAGUGCAAAAACUUACUCAGACUGUUUUAAAUUCUGGGUGGUAUGUGCCGAACCUGCAGCAGAUAGCUGAAUCCGUAGUUAAGCCGUGUGUUCCUUGUCAAGAAACAAACUUGCCUGGGAAGAAGAAAUGGACUAGAAAACAGGCAAGGGGGAACCGGCCUGGAAAGUUUUGGGAAAUAGACUUUACUGAAAUUAAACCAGGGAAGUAUAAAUUUAAGUAUCUCCUAGUGUUUGUAGAUACCUUUUCAGGAUGGGUCAAAGCCUUUCCAACAAGGCAGGAAACAGCUGCAGUAGUAACAAAGAAAAUAUUAGAAGAAAUAUUUCCUCGGUUCGGGAUACCUAAGGUAAUAGGAUCUGACAACGGACCCGCUUUCAUCGCCCGGAUAAGUCAGGGAGUUGCUAAGUAUUUGGGGACCGAUUGGAAAUUACAUUGCAUGUACAGAUCCCAGAGUUCAGGGCAAGUAGAAAGGAUGAAUUGAACCCUAAAAGAGACCUUAACUAAAUUGACCAUAGAGACUGGCUCAGACUGGGUGGUGCUCCUUCCCUGGCCUUGUUCCGAGCUCGGAACACCCCUACUCAUCUCAAUCUAAGCCCCUUUGAAAUCUUGUAUGGCUCCCCUGCCCCGCUUACUUGCCUGCAUGACCCCCUCCCCAUUACCCAGACUGACAACCGCGAUUUAUAUAAUAGGUUGAAAGCUCUCCAGGCAGUCCAAAGAGAAGUGUGGACCCAACUAAAAGCAGUCUACGAGCCUGGCACUCCAGAAGCAGCCCACCCGUUCCAAGUUGGAGACUUUGUGUUUGUAAGGCGGCACCGAGCACAGACCCUGGAGCCACGG